UUUGUAGGUGUUCCUCUAGCAACACGUUUUUUCCUAGACAUCAACUCUACUCCAGAAUUAGUUGAUGAAAUCGUACCUAGAGAUGAGGCUGUAGGCAACGAGGAAAUUGAUGCUAUGGCUCAGGAUGAAGAAGACAUUGUCCCUGCUCAAGAUGAAGAAGACAAUGCUCCCAUUGAAGCUGCAGCUGUUCAUCUGGCAACACCUUUUUUCCUAGACAUCAAUUGUACUCCUCUAGAAGAAUUAGUUGAUGAAAUCAUAACUGGAGGAAGCGAGGCUGGAGAAAUCGAUGCUAUGGCUCAGGAUGAAGAAGCCAAUGGCCACACUGAGGCUGCAGGUGUAGAACAGCCACUAAGGUUAAGGAACUGGCUAACAGAUGCCCAGAGAUAUGCUGCUUACACAUCAUUGCAUGCAAAGAGUACAAAGGGGAAAUUACCAAAGACUGCAACUAAGGAAGUCGCCGCAUUCUUUCAUACACACAUUCGAGUUAUUCAAAAGAUUUGGAAGACUGCAAGAGAGCAGAUUGCACUUGGGCUAGAAGUUGAUGUGUCCAACAAGAAAACUGGCCGAUGUGGUCGCAAGCCAGCCGAAAUUGAUGUCUCCCGGAUUACCGCAAUUCCACUAAAUAGAAGAUCCACCUUAAGGUCACUGGCAAAGUCACUAGAUGUCGGUAUUUCGACAUUGCACAGAAAAUUCAAGUUAGGUUUGUUAAGGCGCCACUCCAAUACAUUGAAGCCACAUUUGAAAGAGAGCAACAAGAGAGAAAGGCUCCAAUUUUGCAUUUCAAUGUUAGAUCAGACAAGUCUUGGGGAUGCGGAACCUAGAUUCAUUGACAUGCAAAAUAUACUUCACAUGGAUGAGAAAUGGUAUUACAUGACAAAAAAGGCAAGGAAGUACUACUUGCUACCAGAAGAAGAUGACCCUGAACGGACUAUUCAGAACAAGAACAACAUCGGCAAAGUAAUGCUUCUAACAGUUGUUGGGAGGCCUAGACGUAAUGCGCAAGGGAUUGUGAUGUUUUCUGGUAAGAUUGGUGUGUGGGCAUUUGUAAAAGAGGUGCCUGCAGCCAGAAGGAGCAAGAAGAGAGAAAGAGGGACCCUAGAAACAAAAUCUGUCAUAGUCAACAGGGAAGUGAUGAGGCAAUUUCUGAUUGAAAAGGUCAUUCCCGCUAUCAAGUCUAAGUGGCCGCAAGAUGCUGCUCUUGAGACCAUUUUCAUCCAACAAGACAAUGCUAGAACUCAUGUUAGUCCAAAUGACCCAGCCUUUCUUCAAGCUGUGGCGGCUACAGGGCUAGACAUCGGGCUGAUGCAACAGCCGCCUAACUCCCCAGACAUGAAUGUUCUAGACCUUGGGUUUUUUAGAUCCAUCCAGUCCUUAACUGAUUGCAGAAGCCCUACAACUAUUGAAGAGUUAAUACAUGAUGUGGAGGAGGAGUUUGAAGCAUAUGACGAGGAAAAACUGAAUAGAGUAUUCUUGAGUCUCCAAAUGUGUAUGAGAGAAGUAAUGAAAAUAGGAGGAGGAAAUAGGUAUAGAAACCCACACAUGAAUAAGAGUAGGCUAGAAAGACAAGGGAGACUACCUCAUCGGCUGUCAUGUGAUAGAGAUAUCUACAAUAGCGCACUAGCCUAUCUAGCCCAAUAUGGUUAAGUUUGGUAUUGUAAACAAGUUAUGUUAUACAAGUCAGACAAGGGAGUUGCCAAUAUUUCCUCUCGAAAGAUUAUCCUGGAUAGUGGGAUGCCCAAAGUUUGCAUUGUAAGCGUCAUAUGAAUCUGGAUAUGUUAUAUAAGUCAGACAAGGGAGUACUAUAUGUAUUAUGUAGUGAUAGCUAUUUGAACCUUGACUCAUGGUUCAAAUCAAAUUUGCCACAUUUCCCUUGACAAGGCAUAAGAACAUCACUACACCGAUAUAUUGAUCUAGCAUGUCAUUGAGAAAGUAAUGAAUCUUAUUCUAUAGCUGAGAACAGAAUUUACAGUUACCAUCAUCUUCAAGCCAGAAAGCUCGUCUUGUUCUUAGUCCAAAUGCUGAUUUGAUGGCUUCCUUAAUUGCUUCAGAAGUACCAUCAAUUCCUAUUCUUUUAGUGUAAUCACCC